GCAAAAUUGUAGCAACCGUUGAGUAUGUGGCUAUGUGCUACUUUUCUGAUCAAAACUCUUUCUUCUCUUCCUUUUCCUUCCCUUGAUGUGAUACGAAAAAAAAAAACGUUUAAGAUUUUGAUUUGAGCGAACCUCCCUAGGGUUCGUUCUUCUCCUCCCUCGAUUCCUUGACCAUUGCAGAAUUGAAUUGAAACUCAUGGGGAGAAGUGUUUCAAGGUCUCCGUCGUACACUCCUCGCUCCAAUUCCUAUCGCCAUAGUCGGAGAAGCAGAAGGGACACGAGUCCUUCCCCCUAUCAUUCCAAUACCCGUUCCAGGAGAAGGAGCCGUUCAAGUUCCCUCCGCCGCCGUCGAAGUCGUUCGCCGUCGUACCGUCGUCGAAGAAGUCGCUCUCCCACACGGAGACGCCGCCGACGUAGAAGUAGGUCUUCCUCGUUAUCUCCUUCCCCCAAAUCGUCUAGUUCCAGUCCUAGUCGUGCAUCCACGGAUCGGAAACAUUCCACAGAGAAGCUUAAGAAAGAGGAAGAAGAGAAGAAAAGGCGUGAAGCAGAGUUGAAGAAGUUAGAAGAAGAUGCCGCUAAGAGGAUGGAAGAACUAAUUCAGAAGAAUGUUGAAGAAAGGCUAAACUCCGAAGAAACUAAAUUAGAAAUACAGAGGCGAAUAGAGGAAGGUCGCAAGAAGUUGUUUGAUGACGUUGAUGUGCAGCUUGAGAAAGAGAAAGAAGCUGCUCUUACUGCUGCAAGACAGAAAGAAGAACAAGCUCGGAAAGAGAGAGAAGAGCUAGAUAAAAUGCUGGAAGAGAAUAGGAGAAGGGUAGAGGAAGCUCAACGAAGAGAAGCUCUGGAGCUGCAGCGGAAGGAAGAAGAACGAUAUCGUGAGCUCGAAUUGAUUCAAAGACAAAAAGAGGAGGCAGCUCGGAGGAAAAAGCUGGAAUAGGCAAGAUUGUGGGGUUUAUUGUGGAUGAAAUAUGGUGCCUCCAUGUUUUCCUGACCCAUGGAAUGGUGAACCUCAUGCAGGUGAUGUUGUUUGGGGUAUUGGCAUAUCAUUUCGUGGGUCAAGGAAAUUGGUUUUUCUUGGCGCCCUUUCAGUUUUGUCUGUUUUGUGGUUGUCCUAUGACAUGAACAUCAAUUUUGGGUAGUUCAUUUCUCAUCGAAGUUUCUCGUUCUAUGAGAAUUAAAGUAUUUAUUGAAAUCUAUUUCUAAAAGAUUCUGGCUUUCGUA